CGGAGCCGGCGGGGAGGGGGCUGCCGCGGGAGAGGAGGAGGGGUCGUCGUGACCAAAGGCCGCCGAGACCCGCCCGCCGGCCGGCCGCGAAAGCAGUGGCAGGCUGCCCUCCGAGCCGCGCGUCCUCUUCCGUCCGGGCGCGCGGCGCUUCAGCCAGCGCACCGGGAGCUCUCCGGGCGCACACAAAGCCGCCGCCCGCGCCGCACCGCCCGGCGGCCGCCGAUCGUGCCGGAGAAGGAUCGGGCCGCCGGGCCGGGGAUACCCGGCGCCGCCCCCUCGGCGCUCUCGGAAGGCCCACCGGCCCCCGGGGCCCACCGAGGAACCAGCGGAGUCGCCUCGGUCGCGCCGGUGGAGGGCGGGGAGAAGACCAUGUGAAUGGGCUCCGGAGCCUGAGCGCCGCGCAGUUUUUUGAAGAAGCAGGAUGCUGAUCUAGACGUGGAAAAAGUGCCCUGGGUUCCCAUGAAAGGCUGGACUUAAGCAUGUCUCACUCGCCACCCGUGGGAUCCUAUUCUGCCCUGGUCUCCACGGCCCAGUCACAUUGCCUUGGAGGACCGGUCCAGCAGCUGUAGAAGAAGACAUGCGGUGUAUAUAAAGUUUGUGAUAGUUGGGGGAAAUUUUGGAAUUUAGAUAAUGGGCUGUGUGCAAUGUAAGGAUAAAGAAGCAACAAAACUGACGGAGGAGAGGGACGGCAGCCUGACCCAGAGCUCCGGGUACCGCUAUGGCACAGACCCCACCCCGCAGCACUACCCCAGCUUCGGCGUGACCUCCAUCCCAAACUACAACAACUUCCACGCAGCCGCAGGCCAAGGACUCACCGUCUUUGGGGGUGUGAACUCCUCGUCUCAUACCGGGACCUUGCGUACCAGGGGAGGAACGGGAGUGACCCUGUUUGUAGCCCUUUAUGAUUAUGAAGCACGGACGGAAGAUGACCUGAGUUUUCACAAAGGAGAGAAAUUCCAAAUACUGAACAGCUCGGAAGGAGACUGGUGGGAAGCCCGCUCCUUGACAACCGGAGAGACUGGUUACAUUCCCAGCAAUUACGUGGCUCCCGUUGACUCUAUCCAGGCAGAAGAGUGGUACUUUGGAAAACUUGGCCGAAAAGAUGCUGAGCGACAGCUUUUGUCCUUUGGAAACCCGAGAGGUACCUUUCUUAUCCGUGAAAGUGAAACCACCAAAGGUGCCUAUUCACUGUCCAUCCGGGACUGGGACGACAUGAAAGGAGACCACGUCAAACAUUAUAAAAUUCGCAAACUUGACAAUGGUGGAUACUAUAUUACCACCCGGGCCCAGUUUGAAACACUUCAGCAGCUUGUACAACAUUACUCAGAGAGAGCCGCAGGUCUCUGCUGCCGCCUAGUAGUUCCCUGUCACAAAGGGAUGCCAAGGCUUACCGAUCUGUCUGUCAAAACCAAAGAUGUCUGGGAAAUCCCUCGAGAAUCCCUACAGUUGAUCAAGAGACUGGGAAAUGGGCAGUUUGGGGAAGUAUGGAUGGGUACCUGGAACGGAAACACAAAAGUAGCCAUAAAGACACUUAAACCAGGCACAAUGUCCCCGGAGUCAUUCCUUGAGGAGGCACAGAUCAUGAAGAAGUUGAAACAUGACAAGCUGGUCCAGCUCUACGCCGUGGUGUCUGAGGAGCCUAUCUACAUUGUCACCGAGUACAUGAACAAAGGAAGUCUCCUUGAUUUCUUAAAAGAUGGGGAAGGAAGGGCUCUGAAAUUACCAAACCUCGUGGAUAUGGCAGCACAGGUUGCUGCAGGAAUGGCUUACAUCGAGCGCAUGAAUUACAUCCACAGGGAUCUGCGAUCAGCGAACAUUCUAGUGGGGAAUGGACUCAUAUGCAAGAUUGCUGACUUUGGAUUGGCCAGAUUGAUCGAAGACAACGAGUACACAGCAAGACAAGGUGCAAAGUUCCCCAUUAAGUGGACAGCCCCCGAAGCAGCCCUGUAUGGGAGGUUCACAAUCAAGUCUGACGUGUGGUCUUUUGGAAUCUUACUCACAGAGCUGGUCACCAAAGGAAGAGUGCCAUACCCAGGCAUGAACAACCGGGAGGUGCUGGAGCAGGUGGAGCGCGGCUACCGGAUGCCCUGCCCGCAGGACUGCCCCAUCUCUCUCCACGAGCUCAUGAUCCACUGCUGGAAAAAGGACCCGGAAGAGCGGCCCACCUUCGAGUACUUGCAGGGCUUCCUGGAAGACUACUUCACCGCCACGGAGCCCCAGUACCAGCCCGGUGAAAACCUGUGAGGCCGGGGUCCGCAGAGAGAGGCCUUCUCGGCGAGGCUUCCCCGCCCCCUCCCCAUUAGCUUUCAGUUCCGUAGCCAGCUGCGCGAGCACGGCUCGCCGUCCCGGAUCAGAUUGCAUGUGACUCUGAAGCUGACGAACUUCCAUGGCCCUCAUUAAUGACACUUGUCCCCAAAUCCGAACCUCCUCUGUGAAGCAUACGAGACAGAACCUUGUUAUUUCUCAGACUUUUGGAAAAUGCAUUGUAUCGAUGUGAUGUAAAAGGCCAAACCUCUGUUCAAUGUAAAUAGUUACUCCAGUGCCAACGACCCUAGUGCUUUCCUUUUUUUAAAAUGCAAAUCCUAUGUGA